GUAUACCAAGUGUCUCGAAUCCGUGUGUAUGUUCCUCCCCGCCAGGUCGUCGUUCCCUCUCAACCCUUGAACCGACAACAACACCACCACCACCUCGCCACCUGCUGUAUGAUGCUGUGUUAAUGUGGACUGUGCUCUGAAAGAAAAAAACUGAAGAUGUGGCCACUGGUGAUGACUUUCAUGAGAACAUAUGCUCCAUACGUAACUCUUCCUGCUGCAGCAGUCAUUGGAUUUAUUGGGUACAAUAUAGAAAAACAGUUCCGUACCCCUCCUCCUAGUCGUCCUUCAGUUGAAGAAACACGUCAUGAAAGACUCUUGAAAGAGAUGAUGGCAUCCAAUGAGUUAGCUCUAGCCCCACUUAGUGAGAAGACUUUUGUUCCUAAGACUAUUUUUGAGAAAAAUGUCUCUCCAUCUCUGGUAAAGGAGGACUGACUGUGGAGGCAUGUAGAUUUUGUUGUAUAUAAAAAUAUUUGUUAGUGAUA